UGUUCAGGGUGUGUGUGCGACCGCGGUGGAUCAGUGCUGGAGUUGUGUGAUGCGUCAGGGCGAUGCAUAUGUCGUGAUGGUGUGGAGGGUGAGAGAUGUGACCGCUGUCGACCAGGACACCACUCAUUCCCUAACUGCCAAGGUGAGAAACCUGUCUCCCACCUCCCUCUCACCUCCCUCUCACCUCCCUCUCACCAAACCACACCUCAAAUAGCGUGUCUUCUGACAUGUACCUUUGUGUGUGUUCAGAGUGUGUGUGCGACCGCGGUGGUUCGGUGCUGGAGAUGUGUGAUGCAUCAGGGCGCUGCGUGUGUCGUGGAGGGGUGGAGGGCGAGAGAUGUGACCGCUGUCGACCAGGCUACCACUCCUUUCCUAACUGCCAAGGUGAGAAACCUUUCCCUCUCAUCAAACCACACCUCAAAUAGAUCAACAUUUGUCAUCCUCUUUGAAGUUAAUUUUACACCAAAACAUGACCCCACGAAAGUUCAAGUUGUUUUAAAAUCACAGAGAUCAACCUGUAGUAGACAUUAAUCUCUUUCCCACCACUUCAUUUCACAGUGACAGUGUGCCGCUGUGACGGUGCAGGUGUGACUGACAGGGUCUGUGGGCCCAACGGACAGUGCCGUUGCCGUGUCAACUACUUCGGAAGGCAAUGUGACCAGUGUGCCCCUGGUUACUAUGGAUACCCAGACUGUGCCUGUAGGAGUUUUAACCCUCUUGUUUUGGCCGCACCCAUGGGAGGGCUACUGUAUUGCAGACACUGAUAUGCCCACAGUGACCUUUCCAUGACCUAGCUGUUGCUGCUGUUGGAAAAACUGAUCUGUAUAGUCUAACAGGGCUUAAUGUAGCCUCCUCUUCAGCUCUGUAGAGCUACAUACCUCGAUUCUCCCACAAUAACACGUCAAUCCCAACACUCAUUCACACUGAUUUACCCCAUAGAAAUAUAAUCUAUCUAAUCUAGUCAUUCUAUUUCUAUGCUUGACCCAUGGUUGUUUGAACAAAACAAUACACAGAAAGCAACGCCAAACUUGGGCUCAUUCCAGUAUUGAAAGGAUUUAGUAUGAUCUGUGCCGUCAGAGACGGCUAAGCCAUAUCAUUCUCACAUGAGACAUCUCACAGUCCCUCUUCGUGUCUCUCUCUCCCCAGCCUGCCAGUGUUUAGGGGAGGGUUCCUAUGACCCCAUGUGUAACCCAGUAUCAGGCCAGUGUCUAUGUCGCCCUGGGGUGGUGGGACAGCAGUGUGACCGUUGUGCCGGGUCAGGCCUCCGCUUCCCCCUGUGUUCAGGUAACCCCUCUGCCUCACUAGACACUUUAUUUGAUUUUUUACUAUCCUUCAAUAUUUUUAUGGUUUAUUUAGACAGGUUAGAAGUAGAAGGGAAGGGUGGACACAGAUAUCGAACCCCUGGUCUCUGGGGUUAGGACAUAUGUGGUAGAAGCCGGAUGUGUUCCCACAAGACCACAGGCUCUGUACUCUAGACACUUUCAUUGGCUACCUGUAACCUAAACCGUCUUUAUGAUGUGGAGAUAGAGGUGGUUCUAAGAUAUGGCAUCCCCACGGGAGAUGGUUCAAUGGUUGAUCAUAUAUUAGGCUACAAUGUCUCAAUGUGGUUUAUUCAAUGUGUAAAAUGUAUUAGUGUGGAGAUUGUUUUCAUAUCCAUUCUAGUGGUACAGGUUUACUUCAAGUCUAGGCCUUGCUAACAAAGAACUGUUCUGUAAAUGUAUGCUUGGAGCAUAGCUGUCUGUCCUCUGCAUAAAAUAUGAAUUUGGGUGAUUGCUUUUGUGAGUGUACUGUAUGUAACAUAUUAUUACAUAAGCACCCUUGUCCCUUGGUUACAUUUGGUGCCCUGUUGAUACAUAUAGAGCAGGAGGUCAGGAGCACACACCUGGUGUCCUAGGUCUAAAUCAUUCCCUGAAUAGAGGGGAACAAUGAAAAUAUUCAGUGGAACUGGCUUCGAGAUCCAGAGUGGAGUUUGAGGGAUAUAGAUUAAUGUAAAUGUUUUCCCCUCACCCUACGACAUCGUCUCUUCCAGCCUCCAUCACCCAGUGUAACCCAGCAGGGUCAGAGGUCAGCACAGCAGAUCCACAAGCGGUAUGUAGCUUAUGCCUCCCACAACAUGGCUGACUGAGAAAUCUUUACUUUACUUUAUGAGGUUUAUUUGCCUUCCCCAACAUGGCAAACUCUCAGCCUCUUUUAUCUUGAUCGUUUUAGUAGCUGAGGUAAUGGGAGUACCUGCAGUCAUAAAACAAGGGCCGGUGAUCAUCGGUUGGUGUGUUCACGUGUGUCUAUUCCACAGGAGGUUGGUGGCAACUUAAUUGGGGAGGAUGGACUCAUAGUAAUGGCUGGAAUGGAAUUAAUGGAAUGGUAUCUAACUCAUCAAACACAUGGGUUCCAUGUGUUUGAUACCAUUCCAUUCACUCCAUUCCAGCCAUUAUUAUGAGCCGUCCUCCCCUCAGCAGCCUCCUGUUGUCUAUUCACAUUCCUAUAUCUGAUAACAGUAUUGCCAAACCCUGUAUCCGGUAAUGUUUACAAGGAUGUGUUUUUUUUAGUGCCCGCUGGAAAUGACAAUUAACUGUAAUCAAAGAGGAAAAGCAACUUCCUUCCAUAAAAAAAAAAAAAAACUAAACACGGCCCGGCUGUAUCAAUGCUCCAGAAACGCAGGAUUUCCAGAAGCUGAUUUGACCCUUUUUCUUCUUUGGGGGUUUGCUUUGUGUGAAAUGUUUAGUUGGAAAGAAAACAUCAUUAACAUUGUGAAUAGUUUUUGAAACGUGUUACACAAUUGGAACCAUUGGAUUUAGGUUAAGCGUUAAGGGUUUUGUUCCACAUUAAAGCUACUUUUUAAACAGUGCUCGUCAAUAUGCUGUAAGUAAGUAAAUAGCCUUGUCUGAGCCAGAACAGCCCAUAGGAUUGGAGCCUAGCUUGAUACACAAGUACACUGGCCUGGACAGGACACUAGUCUGUGGCAGGGCCUUACACCAAUCCGUCUCCUUAAUGCUGAGUACCAAGCCAAUGCUGUGUCUGCAUGUGAUGCUGAGUCAAAUAUCCAUCUCUAAAUCAUUCCAAUCUGUCUGCUUCAUAACAUACUGUUCCUGAGGCACCUCCAGUGCCAAAAGAAGGGACUGUUAGAUUGUCUAUGAGGGAAAAGCUUACUUGACAUUUGCUGGCAUUUGCGUUGACUCUUUUCUUCAUUACUGUCUGUCUGUCUGUCUGUCUGUCUGUCUGUCUGUCUGUCUGUCUGUCUGUCUGUCUGUCUGUCUCUGUCUGUCUGUCUGUCUGUCUGUCUGUCUGUCUAUGUGGGUCGUCCUGACACAGGGUUCCUGUGGCUGCCUGCCCAACGUGGAGGGAACACUGUGUGACAUGUGUAAACCUCUCUACUGGAAUCUGGCGACAGAGAACCCCAGCGGCUGUAUAGGUGGGUGACCUACAUAUGACCCUAACUGACUAAAGCCUCGUCCCAUUCUAUGUGUUGUAGACCGUUUUUCUGUCGUUCAUGAAUAGAAGAGUUGGCUACAGCACAUAUGGUACGGAACGAGGGGCUAACAUUACUUUAUGGAUAUCUGCAGCAUCAGACUACAGAAAUUCUGAUGUAAAAUCAAUAUUUUAUCCAUCGCUAAUUAGUCUGUUGGAAAAUGACAAUUUGAUAUACUUGGUAACAGUACAGGGUUUCUAUGAGUUUCCCAGUCUGUUAAAACCUGAAAAGAAAGAAAAAGAGAGAAAAAAACUCCAAUCCUCCCUCCAGAAAUCUGGGUUGCACUGCACACCUGCGUGUGGAGAAUGCAGCAAUCAGCAGUGUUUUCAGCAGUAUUAGAUAACUGGUGUUAUUAAACCUGCGGAGGCGCUGACAUCAGAAACCACUCUGCCUCUUCAUCCAGGUGACGUGGCAGCUUGUUCAUGUCAGCAACAACUCUGUCUUUCUGUCCCUCCUAAGAAUGUUUUGGGAAAACAUGUUAACACCGAGCGCUCAAGGGAAAAGUGUGCUUCUCUUCUCUCGAUGUGGUGCUGUGUUAACAGCAGUGUCUCUGAAACGUUGUGGUUCCAUGAGGUAAAUGCUAUUUGAUUGGAAAGGAGUACAUCUUUGCCAGUGCAACAAUAACCUCCCAGUCAAAUAAAAUAAAAUAAAAAUGUAUUUGUCACAUGCAACGAAUACAACAGGUGUAGACCUUACCGUGAAAUGCUUACUUACAAUCCCUUAACCAACAAUGCAGUUGAAGAAAUAGAGUUAAGAAAAUAUUUACUAAAUAAACUAAAGUACCAUUUUUUAUAAAAAGUAACACAAUAAAAUAACAAUAACGAGGCUAUAUACAGGGGGUACCGGUACCGAGUCAAUGUGUGGGGUUACAGGUUUGUCAAGGGAAUUUGUACAUAGGGGUAAUGUGACUGCAUAGAUAGUAAACAGCGAGUAGCAGCAGUGUAAAAACAAAGGGUGGGGGGGGGGGGGGGGGGUCAAUGUAAAUAGUCCAGUUGGCCAUUUUAUUAAUUGUUCAGCAGUUUUAUGGCUUGGGGGUAGAAGCUGUUAAGGAGAAGUGGGAUUGUGGGAUACAGAUGUCGGUUGAAUGGGAAAAAAAGAAAAGGAGAAUACCCCUUGCUUAAAAAGAUAUGUGCCCUAAAAUCACCUCCCCCAUCCUCAUAAUUCUACCAUGUACAGAACUGACUCUCUCCUCAACCAGCCAGUGAGUGCAGUGUAGGAACAGCCGCAGGCUUUGUCCAGAGACCUGGCUAAAGUUACAGCUCUGCUCUGCAGCAAGAAUGUUAUCACCACCGCCUGCCUGCUGCUAGGAGAUAUAUGGAUGGAGGGAAGAAAGAAGAGCUUUUAAUAUUCCAGAAAUUCCUCAGGUUUUAAUGUGGCUGAAUAGAUACUGAGGGUUGUUCUCUGACGGAAAGAGAGAGCAGUGGCUCCCCUGGUCCUUUGAUGUGGAAAUGUGCAGCUCAGAAGAUUGGCGUUUUUUGUUGCUUCUGUUUUUCACCCAUGAAAGUGGUAGAAUCCUGUAAUCAGCGUCUAUUCUCUCCAUCUCUCUCUGCCCCCCCCCUCUCUAUCUCUCUCUCACUCUUCGUCUUCCCUUUUACAGUGUUUGUUAUUCUAUCAUUUCUCUGCUUUUGCGUUAUUGUAUGGUCAUUGCAUCACUGAAUAAUGAGUGACUCAUUAGUUUCAAGUUGUAUUAUAGAGCAGACUUUCUCACUUUAUACUUCCUAUCUCUCUCCCAGAGUGUCGCUGUGACGUCAAAGGCACCCUGAGUGGGGUAGGAGAGUGUCAACAGGUGUGUCUGUCUACCUCUGUCUGUUCAAACUCUACUGCCUUAUGAUGCUGAUACCUUAUGUCCAGCACACCAGUACUAACUAAUGGUAAAUAAUUUAACCAUAAAUGACUUACUGUUUAAUUAGGAGGUCCAUUUGUCUUGGAUAUAUUCCUUUAUUACGCUACUAAAUCACAAUUUACUUGGUAACAUUCAUCUAUCACUAGCAGCUCCCCAUUAACUGCAACAUUAUCUCCUAUUGUAGAAAAGUGGCCAGUGUUACUGCAAGCCCAAUGCGUGCAGCCAUGCCUGUGACACAUGCAAGGAGGGCUACUACCUGCUGCAGAAGAGGAACUAUUUUGGCUGUCAAGGUGAGUCAGCUGACCCAACAUGAACCAGACUGGCUUCCUAUGAACACACAACCUUUAUCUUAUCCAUCUAACUAAUGUGUUGAGACUCAGCCUCUGGACAUUUCACAGUGCAAGGUGUGCCUUUUUAUCCUAAGACCGUCUCACUUGACCAAACAUAUUGUUUGAGUAAUGGAUACGUAAUUAACAUGUACCGUAGCAAACCUCGAGUCACGGCUUGACCGGCUUGAUCAGUUAUGGUUGUGUUUUAAUCAGAAAGACCUCAUUGACCUGCUGCCUCUCUCUGAUAGGCUGCCAGUGUGAUGCGGGGGGGGCCAUAGGCAGAGGGUGUGAUGAGAUAUCUGGACAGUGCCAGUGUCGGAAGAACGUAGUGGGCCGCACCUGCACUGAGUAAGGACUGACUGAAACUAAACACACAAUGACAUGUUUUAUUGCUGCUCAAGUUCUCACAUGAAUUGGAGCAAAUGUUGUUAAAUACUGAUGAAUGGCAAGAAACAAACAGAAAAUCCUAAAACCUAAGAGAUUUCAUGCAUUCUAAAUGCAUUCUAAAUCAAGACUGCCAUGAUUUAUGUUCCAAACAUAUGAAACAUUCUUACUUUCUCUCCUUCCACCCCUUCUCGCCACUCCUGUCUGACCAUACCAGGCCAGCACCUAACUACUACUUCCCCAGCCUGCACCACCUGAGGUAUGAGGUGGAGGAUGGCAUCACCCCCAACGCCAGGCCCGUACGCUUUGGCUACGACCCCCAGGAGUUCCCAGGAUUCAGCUGGAGAGGUUACGCCAUCAUGUCCCCAGCGCAGGUAAGACACAUGAUGAUAUUGAUAGGUGGACCUUAAAUCUGUGCCUGCCUGACCUGCCUGACAUCUCACUUUUUUAGUAGUGGCUUUUUUCCUUCUGCUCGAAGCCUAAUUUUUGGUGUACAUUCUUUGUAGAAGUGUUAGAUGCUUCUACAAGCAUUUCUUAUAAUGAAUAUGCUUGGUGCUUCCUUGGUGAAUGUGUUCAGUCUGGUGGUAGUGGAUGGUGUUGGGUUUUGUGGUGAUUGUUGUGGUGAUAGUGUUUUUCUUUUGAGUGUGUUGUUGGCUGUAGCUCUCUAAAGUAGCAGGCCACUCUUCCAGUCAGUCCUAACCCUGGGUGUGUCUGAAAAGGCACCCUCCCUAUAUAGUGCACUGCGUUUGACAAGGCUCUGGUCAAACGUAGUGCACUAUAUAGGGAAUAAGGUGCCACCCCUGUUUCUCCUCAGCCAGAGGUGAUCCUAUCGUUAGCUGUGGGUUUCCCCGGCCCCUUCCACAUAAUGGUUCGCUACGUCACCCUUACCCCCCUCAGGCCCACACAGGGGCGGCGGCACAGGGGACGAGUCCGAGCCAGGAUUUUGGUGGUGGACGAGCCUGAUUUUCACUCUUGCUGUGACUGUAAGUGAUGGGGUGUUUCCCCUCUGCUGCCUGGCUAGCUCGGCUAUAGCCUGAUCCCGGAUCUGUUUGUGCUGUCUUGCCUACUCUUGUGGUCAUGGGACCAGGCUAGCUCUGCUCUCCUCUGUUGAUCAGCUUACUGCUUCCUCUUCCCUUUCUAACCCCCUUCUAUCCCUCUACCUGUCUACCAGCAUGGCCUUCUAGUCUACUAACUGUAUAACAGUACCCCCCCCCCCCCCCCCGACCAUCACCACCAUCCUGCAACCCCCCCCCCUCCAUCAGCUGUGUCUGUCUAACUCCUGUCCCUGCAGAGUGAAGUGAGAGUAACAGUGCAUGUGGACGAGGCAAGGCGAUCCUUGUUCCGACUUGUCCUGCGGUACGCUAAUCCCAGCAGCCAGGACAGUGUGACUGGUAGUGUAACAGCUACCUAUGCCCGAGGUGGCCAAGGUAAGGCUGCCUCUCUAACUCCUGCUUCACACAUCAUCAUAUUCAUCUCCUAACAAUCAAACAGAAAGAGUUUUAUCUCUCAUACACCCCUCAAAAACACGGAUACAUGGAUACAUUUACAGUAUAGGCUGUAAAAGUGUUUGAGCUUUCAUUCAAGUCUUUCCUUGAUCCUUGAUCCUUGAUCUUUUGUUUGGCAAUACAUUACUAAAGGGAUGGGCAACUUGAGUCCUUGGGGGCCGGAGUGGUGUCACACUUUUUCCCCAUCCCUAGCAAACAUAGCUGAUUAAACUAAUUGCACGUUCUAAUCUGAAGAUUAGUAUUAGUUGAUUAUUGGAGUCAGGUGAGUUAGCUGGGACAUUGACAAAAGUGUGACACCAAUCAGGCCUCUGAGGACUGGCAUUGCCUAUCCCUGCAUUACUACCUUGAAAUGGCAUGGGGUGCCUAAUCACACCAUUGAUGAUAUACCUCGGGCCCUCCCCAGACGUUCCACAUUUUAGUUUUUUACCCUAAACUAGCACACCUGAUUCAAUUAGUCAAAAUCUUGGUGAUUAGUUAACUAAUUGAAUCAGGUGUGCCCGAGGAGAGAGUUGGGAAACCCUGCCUUCAACUACAUGAAUACAUGUCAACCUGUGUGCUGGUAGCUGUAAGGUGUUGCUGUAUUUAGCUGUAUCCUGAUUGGUUGAUUGAUUGAUUGAUUGAAUUAUUAAUUCAUUGAUUGGUUGAUUGUAUCCUGCAGGGUCAGGUCAGAGUAAAGAGGUGGUGUUUCCUUAUAGCUCCUCCCCUGCCUACCUCACAGUCCCUGGGGACGGCUUCGCUGAGCCCUUCACACUGACCCCUGGGAAAUGGAUCAUACGCAUCCGGGCAGAGGGCCUUCUACUGGUGAGGCCAGGAUUAUUAGUCUGAUAACAUCUGUCAGUGACCGAAGAGAAAAAAAGGAUGCAAAAAGGUAGAGGAAUAGGUCAUAAAUGUGUUCUUCUCUCUCUCUGCUCUCCACCGCCCUCCCAGGACUACUUGGUGCUGCUGCCCAGUGAUUACUACGAGGCUCCCCUCCUCCAGGAGAAGAUCACCCAGCCCUGCACGUACACAUUCACCGCAGACAGAGACACAAAGUAAUCCCUGUGUUCCCCAAAUGCUCUUUACCAUGCCAUACUGUUCUGUCAUGUGCAGGUUGGCCCCAGACAGUGUACCUGUUCAAUGUAUGGACUCUACAUAUAUGUACAUGUAUACUGUGACCGCUGUUGUGUUCAUCUCCCCUGUGUUUUCCUAUAGUCUGUGCAAGUUUGUUUUGUUUAAAUGCAUGUUAUCCCCAGACUCUGACCACUGUUGUGUCUGUCCCUCCCUCCCUCCCUCCAGCUGUCUGCUUUAUAAGCACGUGGCGAUGAACAGGUUCAGCUCUGUGCUGGGCUCUCAGGGCCAGUUCUCCAGCCAGAGGAGACGCAGGAGGAGACAGGCCCGCGUCCGCCGGCCAACUCCAGACCACCCCGAGAUGGCCUCUCUCACCAGGAGACAGGUGGGUCUAGGUCUGGGGCUCUGCUAAGGCCUCGCUCACAUACGCACGCACAAUCAAACACACACACACACUCAGAUGCGCUCACAAACAUAGUUUAUUGCCUCUGAUUGUGAUGGUUUAUGGCUAAAAGUAAGUAUUUUAUAGUUUGCCAGUAAAUGCAUAGUGUGACUCUGAGACGCUGCAUCUGAGCUCCCCCUUGUCUGUGUGUGUGUCCUUUAGGCCCAGUUACAGCUGAGCCUGCGUGUGUCUCGACCCGGUCCCUACAUCCUGUUCCUGGAAUAUGCCAGCGAGGUAGACAUGAUCCAGAACGUCAACCUCAUCCUUACUGGCCAAUCAGAGAGCCAUAUCCAGGCCAGAGCCAACAUCUACAGCUGCCAAUACAGGUUUGUGUGUGUACUGUAUGUUUGGUGAGAGUGCAAUGUUUAAUUCCUGUCCUUCUUCAAUAGUGUUUAUAUAGUUUGUACUCGAGAGGCAGUGUUGGCAAGUCAUUUGUGUGCAUUUUGUGUAAUAAACCUGUUUUAAUGCAGCUCUCCAGCUCUAUAAUGAAAUUGAUCAUUGAGGGUGUUUACCCAAUACUUGUCCUUGCAGCUUCCUUUGUCGGAGUGUGGCGGUUGACGGAACUAAUCGUGUUGCAGUGUUCCAGCUUACCCACAAGGCUGUGCUUCUUCUCCAGACCUCCACAGCAUCAAUGCUGCUGGUGAGAAAGAACCCUUUUAUUCCAUUGCAUAACAGUAAGAUCCUCACGUAUGCAACCUCUUCUGCUUUGUCGUCCUUUUUUAUAUUGUAGUGUGGAGGGUAGCGACUACCGAUACCUACUGUAUAUAAGUGAGUUUAUGUUAAAAUGAAAUACUUCUAUUUCCUGUCGCCGUUUUGACUUUCUAUUUCUCUCUAGUAUAAAGUGUAUGCAGUGCCUGCGGAGGAGUUCUCCAUGGAGUAUCUGGACCCCAAGGUGCUCUGUGUCUCUGUCCAUGGGCGCUUCACUGAGGACCGGUAAGCCAUUUGACCUAAUAAUACUAUGUUGUAAUGCCAGGAGACUUCUUCAAACACUCUCUAAAAUAGACAGCUGGUGCUUUUGACAACUAGUAAUCAGCAGCAAUGAGCAAACAGGGCAGUAAUAGUAGUGGCUGUAUUUUACAGGUAGAGGGCUUGUUGUGCAAUCAGUAGCAUUGUCUCUGGGGGUAGAUGCUAGCUGUUGUUGUGGGGAUACUUACCUUCCACACAUCUGUUUUCCAGGUGUGAUUCCAUGCAUUCCUCAGCCAGGGGCCAGGGUCACUUACUUGAGGCUGUCUGAUCUCUAGGCCAACCUCUCCUCUCUGCUCCACCUAGCACACCUGGGUUCAACUAGUACUUGUUUCCUUCCAAAUACUUAAAGCUGGGCUUGAUUGAGCUUGCCUGACGCAAUGGAACCAAUGGAAUAGUCUGAAAAGUGCUAAUUUGUACUCUGGGCAGGCAUAAUCAAACCUUCAAAGUAUAUGAAACAAAACAAAUCAUAUUUGAACCCAGGUCUGACAGCCAGUGACCACGCCAGAAUUUACUGCCAUGGUUGCUGCUGAUGACUAGCUGUCAGCAGCACCAGUCCUGUUAUUAUACAGCUGGUUUUUACAGGCUGUUUUUCCACCACUUUCAGUGUAAACUGACUGCCUGCCUGGCUCCACUAUUAUUGAAGGCAAUGAGCAAGUUCAUAUCUCACGGAAAAUAAGCUGUGAAAGUGAAGGAAAACCCCUCUUGUCAAGACAUUUGAAGUUGUUUGAUGGUGAUGGUUUAUGCACAUUACAAAAGGCCUUUCCUUUCAUGUUGUUCUGCUGUUUCCACAAAACAAAAUGAGGAGGGAAUGCAUGAACAGAUCAGCCCCAGAUCAGCCUUACAAAACAAAUAGCUUGUCAUGUGUUGAUUGAUAAGGACUUAAAACUGAGAAAAGCAAGAGUGAGGUUUUGACACGCAUGACUGUAAGUUGCUUUGGAUAAAAGCGUCUGCUAAAUGGCUUAUUAUUAUAAUUAUAUUAUUGACUCAGAGGGAUGUGUUUUUGAGACUGUGAAAUUAGUCUUUGUUAGUCAGUGAGAGAGGAUGAAAGGGAACGAGAAAGAGAGAAAGCGAGAGUUAAGGGGGUUAAGAUCAAGUCUGAGGGCAUAGGGGAUUGAGGUUUGCUCCACUCAAGAAAGUGUGUGUGUGUGUGUGUGUGUGUGUGUGUGUGUAAUUUAGGGGUUUCUAUACAUUGAUGAGAGAGAAUGUGAUAGUUAUAGGAUGUCUGCAUAUGAAAACUGUUUACUCCAGAUUUCACAGGUCACAACCUUUAUGUGGUCACUGCCCCUACUAAUAACCAGUCACAUUGUUUCCCGGUAGUGCUUAGCAAACACUUCAGAAGCCCCCAGAAGCUGCUUCUGAAAUGGACCCUGGUCAAAUGUAGUGCACUAUAUUUAGGGAAUAAGGGGCCAUUUCAGACGCACCAACCUUCACCUCUGUUCCCCCUUUCUUCCCUCCUUCCAUCCCUCCCUCCAUCCAGUCAGUACUGUGUUCCGAGCCAGUACGACAGGCCCUCCUCAGCGCUGGUUCUGGACGCAGCUCGGGACGGGCACCCCUCCUCCCCCCGGCUCGUCCCCCAGCAGAGGGAGAGUGAGGAGUGGAGACGAAGACGACAGUCAGGGGCUGGGGGCUUCCCUUUCCCUGGAGCCCAGAGUGAAGGGGUACUACUCAAAUCUCCCCAGGUACAUGCAUGGAGAUGGCCCACAUAAUGAUGCUGCUUGGAGUGGGACCAUGGAAAGCAUGUGGGGCUUGAGACAUGAAGCCCUCAGCUUCACUAACAUUAAUGGCAGUAACAUCUCUAUGGCUACAGUAUAUAGUUAAUGAGCACGUUUUUAAGUGAUGCAAAGCACAUUCCUGUGGAAACAGACAACAAAAUGGAAUCUCAUCUUUUAUCUUAUAUCUGUGGUGUUUACAGAUUUCUCAACAUGUUGUGUUCUUUCUCUGUUACUCUAUUCCUCCAGACAGAGAUCCGUUUCAGUGCCAGGGUGCCAACUCCUGGCAGGUAUGUGUUUGUGGUCCACUACUGUCAACCUGAACACACCACCUUCCCUGUGGAGGUACAGGUGGAUGCCGGACGCACCUGGGCCGGUGAGUUUGGUGCGAAAUGUAGGUGUAUAAAGAGGUUGGUCCAGAUUGAUAUGGUUGGAUAGAGAGUGUAUAUGAUCCAGGCCCUUACUGACCCCGACGUCACCGUCCUAGAUGUAAUGAAAUGGACAUCUACUCAAAGAAUGAAUGUGAUUAUCAAUUGUCAUGAACAUAGUAGCUAGUUCCAUGUUCUAUGGUAGUAUGCUCUGGGAGAGCCUUUUUUUUUGUUUUGUUUUUUUCUCAACACUUUUUUUGUUGUUUUAUUUUUACUUUUUUUGUUAAAAAUAAAUGCACUGUUGGUUAAGGGCUGUAAGUAAGCAUUUCACUGUAAUGUCUGCACCUGUUGUAUUCGGCGCAUGUGGCCAAUAAAAUUUGAUUUGAUUUGAUGUGUUUUGGGGGGUUCUAGUGGUCCCUUUUAAGAGUAGAUUAGGUAUCUGACUCGCGCUCCACAUGACAAGAUUAUUAAAGGCCUCAGACGCACUUCAUCUGAUAGGGAAGGAUAACAGUGUGGCACAACUGAUGUCUCCUCCUCUCUCUCCACCCCUCUCUCUCCUCUCUCUCUCCUCCCCUCUCUCACCUCACCUCCCCUUUGUCAACUCCCCUCUUUCUGCUCCCUCCCCUCUCUCACCCUCCCCUCUCACCUCCCCUUUGUCAACUCCCCUCUCUCACCUCCCCUCUCUCACCUCCCCUCUCUCUCCUCUCCUCUCCUCUCCUCUCCUCUCCUCUCCUCUCCUCUCCUCUCCUCUCCUCUCCUCUCCUCUCCUCUCCUCUCCUCUCCUCUCCUCUCCUCUCCUCUCCUCUCCUCUCCUCUCCUCUCCUCUCCUCUCCUCUCCUCUCCUCUCCUCUCCUCCCCUCUCUCUCCUCCCCCCUCUAUCCUCCUCUCUCACCUCCCCUUUGUCAACUCCCCCCUUCUCCUCCUCCCCUCUCUCUCCUCCCCUCUCUCCUCCCUCCCCUCUCUCCUCCCCUCUCCUCCCCUCCCCUCUCCUCCCCUCUCCUCCCCUCUCCUCCCCUCUCUCUGCUCCUGUCUCCUCCCCUCUCUAUACCCGCUUCCCUCUUUUUACUCCUUACUACACCUGCUCCACCCGCUUAACCCCCCCUCUCAUCGCUCUUUCUCCUCCCCUCCUUCUACUCCUUGCUCUCUCCCCUCCCCUCUGUCCUCCUCCCAAUCUCCCCCUUCUCUCUCUAUCCACCCCCAAUCCCCCCCCCCUCCUCUAUGUCUACUCCUCCUUACCCCCUGCUGCACCCCCACCUCCCUCUCUCUACCCCAGGCUCUGUGAAUGCCUCUUUCUGCCCGGGCGUCUCCUGCUGCAGGGAGGUGGUCAUCGCUGAGAGGCGCAUCGCUCUGGACCUUCCCCAGCAAGACAUGGCCAUCUCUCUCAAGGUUCCACCCGGGAAGACCCUCACUCUGGUCAGUUUUUUUCAUGUCAGUCAGUCACUAUUACUCUAUCAAUUAGCCUACUUACAGUUGAUCAUCAUUGCCCAUAAUGUAAGGAGGAGAACAGACCUUCCUGGAUUCAGGAAAACCUUCGCUCUAGGCCUAUGUAGUUAUGCCUGUAGUGUAAUUCAGGAACAUUUAGGAGCCAAGAAUCUAGGCCUAGGGUAUGCUGUAUUAGACUUUUACCAGGUUUGCACGGUGCUGCUCUCUUGCCUCCGUGUUUUAUCAUGUCCCAAACAACUACUAAACAAUCAGGGGCCUGUAUUCUACCUGGCAACCCCCCACUCCGGCCAAUUAGAGCUAAGCUCUCAAACCCAGUAAGACAGUGAAGCAUACAGCUAAAUUUGUAUUUGCUGUAGGCUGUUUAUUAUAGCAUAAUUAACAUACCCCACCGGGGUUGGGCUCAAUUCCAUUUACAUUUCAGUCAAUUCAGAAAGUAAACCAAAUUCCAGUUCCAAAUGUUCCUUAUUUAAAAGCAUUGAAAAUAAUUGGAAUUGGAAUUUCAGUGUACUUCCUGAAUUGACUGGAAUUUAAAUGGAAUUGACCUCAACCCUGUACCCCACAUAGUGUCCCACUGCAGAUGAGACCAACCACAAAACAGCUCAACGUAUCACUGAAAUACCCUGUCUUUUGUGUGCUUUUAUCAAUUUUGUCAUUGUUAAAUCUGUCAGAUAAAACCGUUUCUUAAGCUAUGAUAAGUAUCAAAGUGGGCGUUUCUGAGAGAGAUAAGCCUACAACAUUAUCGUUUGGUUUUGAAGGUUUGUUUUGUACCACUUCUUCAGGAUUAUAUCUUGGUGGUUCCUGACGAUAGUUACACCCCUGAUCUCCUGAAAGAGAAGCCGUUUGAUAAGUCAUCUGAUUUCACCAGGCAGUGUGGAGGACAAAGCUUUUAUAUAGAGUGAGUAUUCAGUUCAGUGACUUUGACCUAGCAUAACAAUGUGUCCUGUGGAAUGGAAUCAACAGCUUUGCUGAGUGAUUUGAAGAUUAGAUAAUUGAGUAUGAUUGAUAUUGUAGGAUCAUAUUAUGUUUAUUUGAAACCUACGUUUUGGAUAUUUGAGGUAUUUGCUUCCUACACUAAUAUUUCUCCAUAUUACCAACAUGUCCUUCCUAGUAAUCGCUCGUGGACUGGUUCUGCGCGUAAACCCGAAUAAUCUGUUGCGAUGGAAUGGAAUGCGUAGGAUAACGAGCAGCAGUAGUUCCAGUGUUUGGGUUUUAGUCACUAAUUAUUUGGACGUAUCAGUAUUGGGCGAAGCUGGUGCUUUAACUUAGACUACGGGUGUGGUGAAAUUAGCUGGGGGGGGGGGGGCGGGGGGGUAUUUCUUUAAUUAAUUUUUUAAGGGAGUAGUUUUUAAUGUGUGGAUGUAAAAACGAUCAAUAAUCAGAGAAUUUCAUAACUACUUUAUUUGACUGACCCUUGAAUGUUCUCUUCCUGUUCCCACAGCCCCAGAACGUCCUCCCAGUUCUGCAGAGACUCGGCCCGCUCCCUGGUAGCAGCCUAUAGUGACGGGGCCCUGCCCUGCUACUGUGACAAGUCAGGGGCCACGGGGCCCACCUGUAACCCUGUAGGGGGCCAGUGUCCCUGUAGGCCCCAUGUCAUCGGUCGGCAGUGUACACGAUGUGCCACAGGAUACUAUGGCUUCCCCUACUGCAGACGUAAGUAGAUUUCAGUUACUAAAAUGUCAAACACGCAUUGUUUCCUACCCUAACCUUUCUUUAUCUUCUCCCUCCCAGCGUGUGAGUGUGGCCAGCGGCUGUGCCACGAGGUGACAGGUCAGUGUAUCUGCCCGCCCCAGACAGUGAAGCCAGCCUGUGACGUGUGUGAGAGCCAGACGUUCAGCUACCACCCUCUAGUGGGCUGUGAUGGCUGUGACUGCUCGCCCAACGGAGUCAGGCCCAACGCAGGAAGAGACUGUGACCGUGACACGGGACAGUGCACGUGAGUAGAGCUCUGUGUAGACUAUACCCACAUAACAAAUUCUACAGUUUACUAUAGAAUACUACAGUACAUACUAUAGAAUUCAGUAGUAAACUGUAAUAUACUGUAUAAUACUAUACUACACACUGUAGUAUCCCUCAAUCAUGUGUAGUACUUAGUAUAUAAUGGUGUAGUAUACUGUAGAAUACUAUAGUAAAUACUACAAUAUUAUUCACAUAAAAAAAACAAUGUAGUAAAUACUACAGACAUGUCAGCCAAAACACUACAGUCGGCAAAAACAUAUAUAUUUUUAACUAUAGUAAAUACUACAGUAUUUCAUUAGCAUAUACCGUGCCCAUUCCCCUCACCCAUGUCCCAACUUGUGCCACCCAUAUGUGAGAAACCUACAUGCCAAGUAUAGACCAUAUAUUGUGUUCCCUAUGGUUAUAGAUCUGAACUUUCCGUUCAGAACCUAGUCCUACCUACCUACAGGUUAUGGAAAAUUUGCUGUAGGUUUCCUAAAGGAGAAAGCCCCCCAAUUCUAUGUCAAAGAUAAUAAAACAAAAACACUUUAGUAAAUACUACAGUAAUGUCCCCAAAAACACUACAGUAAAUGCUACCGUAUACUACUGUCAACAAAAACACUAUAGUAUAUACUACUCUUUUUUUACUACAGUAUUUAUACUAUAGUAAACUGUAAAUACUAUAGUAUACUGCAAUAAAGUCAGCAAAUACACUACAGGGAAUAAUAUAGUAUUUAUACCAUAGUAUACUAUAGUAUUUUUUCAUGUGGGUUGAUUGUUGUUUUCUCAUUUUGCGAUUGUGCUGGAAGCCCUGUUACCAUAGCGAGAGUAUGAUUUCUUUGAAUUUUCAUUGUUGCACAUAAAAUACGGUAAAAACACCAUGAAAUCAGUUGAUUUUGGAAAUCUGUUCUCAAGUAUUCCCACGCGUAAUAGGGAGACAAGUCAUCAUAUACAAAUAUAAGCAAGAUUUGAAAUGAUUAUAUAUUUUUCAAAUAUUUUAUCUGUUUGGGCUUCUUGCGGUCUACAAAUUAUUUGUAAUUAUGUUCCGGCCCCCAGACCAUCCGCUCAAGAAAAAAUCAUCCCUUGGCUGAAUCUAGUUGAUGAUCCUUGGUAAACACUAUAGUAUUUUUUUAUGUAGGAAACACGACAUAAGGUAAAGGUUGUGGAGUUUUGAAUGAGAUAACACAUUUUAGAUUCUCUGUAUUUUUAGCACCUUUCCUCUUAUAAGCAUGGCCAGUAGCUGAAUAUUUGAACAUGCUGUGGAUGAGAUUUCCAAGCACAAUCAUGUUAAUUGUAUGUCUAUGCUCUGUGUGUGUGAAGGUGUAAGCCCAGGAUCGGGGGGCGGCAGUGUGACCAGUGUGCUGCAGGGUUCUACAGGUUCCCAGAGUGUGUCCCAUGUAACUGUAACCAGGGAGGGGUCACACCAGAUGUAUGUCACCCAGACACAGGACAGUGCCUCUGCAAGGUGACUUAAAGUGCUGUAUGCUUUUAAACAAGAAAUAAUAUUAUUAGGAUCAUCUACAUUAAGUGUACAUUCGCAAAUAGUGUGUUAAAUCUACGUCUUUAACAUGUCGACCAGACUUUUUCAGGGUCGAUCAUCUAAUUUAGCCUCAAAUAGUCUCUUCUGUAAAAAAGAAAACAUGCCUGAGGGCUUCUGAAGUGUUUCACUACUGGGAAACAAUGUGACUGGUUAUUAGCAGGGUCAGUGACCAGAUAAAGGUUGUGACCUGUGAAAUCUGGAGUAAGCAGUAAGCAGCCGUAUGUCCUGUUGUUGUAGAGGAACGUGCAGGUUGUCCGCUGUGAUGCCUCUAGAUAAUGUUUGUUGUUCCUGUUGUUGUAGAGGAACGUGCAGGGUGUCCGCUGUGAUGCCUGUAGAGACGGGUCCUUCCACUUUGACCCCUCCCACCCCAGAGGCUGCAUCAGCUGUUUCUGCUUUGGAGCCACCAACCAGUGCCAGAGCUCUGGCAAACGCAGGGGGAAGGUGUGUGCAUUUGUGCAUGCGUAUGUGCUUGCGCGCGCGCGUGUGUAUGUUUAUAUGUGUCUGAAGUUUUAUAGGCAUUUUCAUUGACACAUUCUUUCCGUGCCAUAGAAAUGUGAAAUGAGUUGUAAUUAUACUGUACCUGUUCAGACACAUGAUCAAACCCUUAUCUCGCCAAAUUAUUCACGUUGAAACAACCAAGAUUCCAUAGAGUGGAUAUACCCACAGCUUUGCCAAACCUGCGGAACAUAACCCCAUUGCACUCCAUUGCACACAGCAUGCUAUUAUAUUAAUAUGUACAUAAUGGCAUUUUACCAAACCAUAGGCCUAUAAUAUAUAGUACAAUCCUCUUUCCCUCCGCCUCCACUAGUUUAUGGACAUGCUUGGCUGGCGUCUGGAGAGGGCUGAUCAGGAGGAGGUGGCAUCAGUCCUCAACCCGUCCAGUAACACUGUGGUAGCAGACGUACAGGAGCUGCCUGGCACUACCCAGCUCCUCCACUGGGUAGCGCCACCAUCCUACCUGGGAGACCGGGUGAGUCGAGAGUGGAACUUGAGAGGAUGACAUGUACUUUUGAAUAGAAUAGCGCAUUUAAAAAAAGAGGACAUGUUUCCGUAAUAUUUGGAAGGUCUUUUUAAAAAACAUUUGAUCAGUUGUUAUUUAGCUGUGUAUUCAGUGACAAGUACAGGAGAAGGCAGGGCUUCAAGCAGCUGCCAUUGAGCCUAACUACCAGUGCUUUUAACAGUUCUACACUGUGUCCUGAACCAGUCCCAGUGACUCUGACUGAUAGUCAGGGUUCAGGAGUAACUGAUUGCAUGUAAUCAGUUACAUGUAAUCGGAUUACAAAAAAACUGUAACUGUAAUCAGUUAUGUUACCAGCAAAAAUAUUGUAAUCAGAUUACAGAUACUUUUGAAAAACUAGAUUAGUUAUUGGAUUACUUUUGAAUUCAGAAAGGAUGUUUGCGAAAAAAUACAUGAUGACACCUUUCUGUUUUCUCAAUAACAUUCAAUUCAGCAUUUAAAAAAGGUGUAAGUUUGUUAAAUUUGUUCCAGCUGAGUGAGUCUGAACACAAGUCAGAGACCACUAUAAUAACACACCAAAUGUGGAUCCUUUUUGUCUUCUUCUAACAUCUCUUAAGGGGAAAGUCAUCCAAAAGUAAUCAGAUUAUGUUACUGUGUUUGGGUAAUCCAAAAGUUACGUUACUGAUUAUAAUUUUGGACAGAUACCUAGCAACUGUAACGGAUUACAUUUAGAAAGUAACCUACCCAACCCUGCUGAUAGUAUUCCGCUCCUGUCUCAGGUGUCGUCCUAUGGGGGCUACCUCACCUACCAGGCUAAAUCUUUUGGGAUUCCCAGUGAGGGGAUGUCGCUGAUGGACCGCAGACCUGAUGUCCUGCUUAGUGUACGUACAGUAUGACACACUGUAUCAUCACUCACUGCUAAUUAUGACAUCUCUCUAAUUGGUGUAUAAGUCAUAUACAGUACCAGUCAAAAGUUUGGACACACCUACUCAUUCAAAGGUUUUUCUUUAUUUUUACAAUUUUCUACAUUGUAGAAUAAUAGUGAAGACAUCAAAACUAUUAAAUAACACAUGUGGAAUCAUGUAGUAAGCAAAAAAGUGUUAAACAAAUCAAAAUAUAUUUUAUAUUUGAGAUUCUUUAAAUAGCCACCCUUUGCCUUGAUGAUAGCUUUGUACACUCUUGGCAUUCUCUCAACCAGCUUCACCUGGAAUGCUUUUACAACAGUCUUGAUGGAGUUCCCACAUAUGCUGAGCACUUGUUGGCUGCUUUUCCUUCACUCUGCGGUCUGACUCAUCCCAAUUGGGUGGAGGUCGGGGUAUUGUGGAGGCCAGGUCAUCUGAUGCAGCACUCCAUCACUCUCCUUCUUGGUAAAUAGCCCUUACACAGCCUGAAGGUGUGUUGGGUCAUUGUCCUGUUGAAAAACAAAUGAUAGUCCCACUAAGCCCAAACCAGAUGGGAUGGCGUAUCACUGCAGAAUGCAGUGGUAGCCAUGCUGGUUAAGUGUGCCUUGAAUUAUGGUGGAAAAUACACAUGCGGAGACAAUCUGUUCACCCACACCACGUCUCACAAAGACACAGCGGUUGGUACCAAAAAUCUCAAAUUUGGACUCCAGACCAAAGGACACAUUUCCACCAGUCUAAUGUCCAUUGCUUGUGUUUCUUGGCCCAAGCAAGUCUCUUCUUAUUAUUGGUGUCAUUUAGUAGUGGUUUCUUUGCAGCAAUUCAACCAUGAAGGCCUGAUUCACACAGUCUCUUCUGAACAGUUGAUGUUGAGAUGUGUCUGUUACUUGAACUCUGUGAAGCAUUUAUUUGGGCUGCAAUUUCUGAGGCUGGUAACUCUAAUGAACUUAUCCUCUGCAGCAGAGGUAACUAUGGGUCUUCCAUUCCUGUGGCGGUCCUCAUGAGAGCCAGUUUCAUCAUAGCACUUGAUGGGUUUUACGACUGCACUUGAAACUUUCAAAGUUCUUGAAAUGUUCCAUAUUGACUGAACUUAAUGUCUUAAAGUAAUGAUGGACAGUUGUUUCUCUUUUCUUAUUUGAGCUGUUCUUGCCAUAAUAUGGACUUGGUAUUUUACCAAAUAGGGCUAUCUUCUGUAUACCACCCCUACCUUGUCACAACACAACUGAUUGGCUCAAACACAUUAAGAAGGAAAGAAAUGUUAAUUGAAAUGCAUUCCAGGUGACUAUCUCAUGAAGCUGGUUGAGAGAAUGCCAAGAGUGUGCAAAGCUGUCAUCAAGGCAAAGGGUGGCUAUUUGAAGAAUCUCAUAUAAAAUAUAUUUUGAUUUCUUUAACACUUUUUUUGGUUACUACAUGAUUCCAUAUGUGUUAUUUCAUAGUUUUGAUGUCUUCACUAUUAUUCUACAAUGUAGAAAAUAGUAAAAAUAAAGAACAACCCUUGAAUGAGUAGGUGUGUCCAAACUUUAGACUGGUAGUUUUUAUAAGUCAUGAUGACUUCCUGUUUUGAGUAACCCAGUGUUAUUUCUCUGUGAAUUCCUCAGGGCCAGGAGAUGACCCUGGUCCACAUGGCCCCACAGACCCCUAAUCCUGACAGACUCCACCAGGGAAGAGUCCAGCUAGUGGAGGUAAAGAAAACAGAGUUUUUCAUACCUAAAAAGUGGUGAAGCUGAGUCCUUAUUCCAUGCUAUCUGUUGUGAACAACACCUUUAAAACACAUAUAAUAACAUUUGAUCUGUCCAUGAAACAUACGUUUCCAAUCCCUCACCAACCGCUGUCUGUCUGUUCUGUUUAGGGGAAUUGGCGUCACGCCGGCACCAACCGUCCUGUGUCCAGAGAGGAUCUGAUGGCAGUCCUGGCAGAGAUGGUGGGUCUGAGGGUGCGGGCCCUCUACUUCACCCAGAGCCAGAGACUCAGCCUGGGGGAGGUGGGCCUGGAGGAGGCCACAGACAUGGGGGCCGGGGGCCCUGCCAGCACCGUGGAAGAGUGUGCCUGUUCCUCUCUCUACAGAGGAGACUCCUGCCAGGUGAGACUCAGAUCUCAUUCACUCUUAGUCCCCUAGGUGCUUCAUGUAGAUCUACAGGGAUCAUAUAUAAUAAUUUUAAAGUAACCCAGUGUUUCCCAGUGCCCAGUGUUUCCAGAUUUCUAUGAAAUAUGACCUAUACUUACUUACACUGAGUAUACAAAACAUUAAGAACACAUGCUCUUUCCAUGACAUAGACUGACCAGGUGAAUCCAGGUGAAAGCUAUGUUCUUUUAUUAAUGUCACUUGAUAAAUUCACUUCAAUCAGUGUAGAUGAAGGGGAGGAGACAGGUUAAAGAAGGAUUUUAAACCUUGAGGCAAUUGAGACAUGUAUUGAGUGUGUGUACCAUACAGAGGGUGAAUGGGCAAGACAAAAUAUUUGAGUGCCUUUUGAAGAGGGUAUGUUAGUAGGUGCCAGGCGCAUCGGUUUGUGUCAAGAACUGCAACGCUGCUGGGUUUUUCAUGCUCAACAGUUUCCCGUGUGUAUCAAGAAUGGUCCACCACCCGACAUCCAGCCAACUUACAUUUACAUUUACGUCAUUUAGCAGACGCUCUUAUCCAGAGCGACUUACAAAUUGGUGCUUAACUUGACACAACUGUGGGAAGCAUUGAAGUCAACAUGGGCCAGCAUCCCUGUGGAACGCUUUCAACACCUUGUACAGUCCAUGCUCUGACAAAUUGAGGCUGGUCUGAGGGCAAAAGGGGAUGGAUGGGGGGUGCAACUCAAUAUUAGGAAGUUGUUCUUAAUGUUUUCUACACUCAGUGUACAAUAUGAUUGUAAUAGUGUUCCUUCCAAAAAAAAAAAAUUAAGUAUGACAAAAAGCAGCUUUUCUGUGUUGGAAUGGUGUGGGUUUACCCCAACAACAGAGUGUUGUGGGCGUAUACGGUCAUUAAAAAUAUUCAUGCAAGUAGACCGCUGAUUGGCCAACUCAUCAUCCUCAGGGAGAUGACAUCAUGUUCUAUGAGGAAAUAGCAAUAACUUUUUCAAAGUUUGAGGUGGGGUUUCUGAAGUGUUUAUUUUCUCCAAUUUAUGCUUUGGCCACAUACGAUUAUAGGACGAGUCAACAACAUUAUUUGGAUAUGAGUUAAUAGUGUGUAAGGGCUGGGAGCUAUGGCCUAGGGGUCGGUUUGGGAUUGGGAAAGAGCGGGGGAGAGACGGAGGGAGAAAAGGAUUAGGAGAAAGUAAGAGAGAGAAAGAAGAAGACAGGAGGGGCUGAGAGGGAGAGGUGUCGACCGACCGAUCUAGUCAUUUUCGAGAAGAGACGAGUGAGAACUCCCCUCCUCGCUGUGGGGUGUUUGUCGUGACACGCCCUAACAAUGGUGCCACGCCCAGCCUGGGGUGAGUGAGGUCACUGGCAGGCAGAGGAAAAAUCCAUCAGCCCAUCGAAGAGCCAACGGUUUAAACAAGCCUUUGUGGAAUGUCCCGGAAAAAAGUGUGUGUGUUUCAUCAGCCAAACCAAGUAGCCCGAGGGAGAGGGAUAAGAUGCACAAUCAUGCAGACAUAAUAUUAAAGAUUAUACUACUGCUGUGAACCACUCCGCUGUGGCAUGGUAACAGCAGUUAAAAUCAAAUACAAUAACAAACAUACAGUACAUCAUUUAUAAUGUUAGAACCUAAUUCUUCCCUGAGGUUGUUUAGUGCGUGGGUGGGUCUCCUACUCCAAUUAGGAAAAGUUGGAUGGAAGCAUUUUCCCCCUUAGAAUCCACUUAUUAAAUUGAAUGCUGUACAUCACUCGACUGUAAAUGUACGUAUUUUUGGUAUGGACAAUUCCACGUUAACAGAGUGAUGCUGACACUCAGAUUUUUCCCUUUAAAAUUGAUGUCAAACAAAAACCAAUGAUUGCAAAGUUAAACAAACAAUACAACUCUAUGCACAAGGACAACUUUUAACAAUUUCCACUGAAAAGUGCAGAUGCAAUGUUUGGUAACAGAAUGACGGCACAAACCACACAAAUCGUCAUUCUGUUACCAAACUUUGCAUCUGCACUGUUCUUCAAGUAAAUGUGUUUUUGUAAAAUGUACAGUGAAUUUCUUUUUAAUGAUGCACUAUGCAGAAAUCGCAAUUUUCUGGUUGCUAAACUUGUAAUAGUUUGCUUAAUUUCAGUUUGUGGGAAAAGAAAAAGCAAAUAUAGUGUACAGAAUCAUUGUACCAUCUAAAUCGCUGUGAAAUAUAUUUUCCAUAACCAAAAAUAUUGUAUUUUCAGCUGUUUGUAGCUGGUGUACAAAAACAUAAGUAAAAGACACAAAAACCAAAAUGUAAGAACGGGAAGCAUAGAAAUAGCACACAUCUACCGCUUCUUAGAUCUGUAAUUCACAUCUCCCAAAAAGUUACAUAUUGGAGCCUUAAGUCGUCAUUGUGCAGAGAGUUGUAUGGUUUGUUUAACUUUGCAAUCAUUGGUCUCAGCAUCACUUUGUUACCAUGGAAUUGCCCGUGUGCAACCCUUAGGGAUGGGAGUUUGACAUGCAAAGGAAGCUUCGAUUUUGUUUCACUGGCAAUAGCUUAUUAACAAGGUCCUGAUGACUUUGUAAUAGAUUUUCAUUUGACUUCCCACAUGAAAGAAUACUACUGUUUACUAUAAAAUACCACAGUAUUUACUAUAGAAUUGUGAAGUAAACUGUGGUAUACUGUAUAAUAUUAUACCACACACUGUAAUAUCCCUCGAUCAUUUGUAGUACUUAGUAUCGUAUACUGUAGAAUACUGUAGUAAAUACUACAGUAUUAUCUGCAAAAACACCACUUUUUUAACAGUAUUUAAUUUAUACCCUGCCCAUUCCCCUCCCCCAUAUCCCAAUUUGUGCCACCCAUAAGUGAGAUACCUACAUGACAAGUAUAGACCAUAUAUUGUGUUAUCUACAGGUUAUAGAAAAGAGCAGAAGAUCUGAACUAUCCGUUCAGACCCCAGUCUUACAGGUUAUGGAAAAUGUGCUCUUUUAGUAUUUCUCAAGUAGGUUUCCUCAAGUAGAAAGCCUCCAUUUUAAUGUAAAAAAUAAUCAAACAAAAACACUGUAGUAAAUACUACAGUAAUGUCCUCAAACACUAGAGUAAAUAUACAGUAUACUAGAGUCCGCAAAAACACUACAGUAAAUAUUACAGUAUAUUACAGUCCGCAAAAACACUACAUUAUUUCUACAGUAUAUACUAGUUUUCUUUUACUACAGUAUUUAUACUAUAGUUAACUGUAAAUACUACAGUAUACUGCAGUUUAGUCUGCAAAACACUACAGUGAAUACUAUAGUAUUUAUACCAUAGUAUAUAAUAGUAUUUUUUCAUGUGGGUUGAUUUAGUUGUUUUCCCCAUUUUGCGAUUGUGCUCGAAGCCCUGUUACCAUAGUGAGAGUGUACGUGUGUGUGAGACAUCAACAUCCUCUAGUCAGGUGUGUUCAGAGGAAAUUGAUAAUAUGUACCCUGUGGCGCUAGAAAAAGGAGAGGCGCCCUGACACAUAGCCGGGCGUGGCAUCUGGCAACCUGGGAUGGUGUUACUCACCACCCCACACCAGAUAGUACAUACAUACACUACCACACCCAACUGUCUCUACUGCAUCGUGUUUAGACUGCAUGAUUCAGGUGUGACUGUAGCUUCUGCACUGUCUGGAGAUUUCUGACUAUUAUUCACAGAACCACACAAUCACCCUGGCAUGCUCACACAUAUACCCUAUGAACACAUCUAUAGACACACAUUAACACACGAUUAAAACCAAACUCACUCAGUCUCCCAGGUGGAGCCACACCCUAGCAACCUUUUUGUAUGUGGAUGAAUAGGCUUAUGUACAUUCUGAAGAUUUUCCUGUAGACCCUUUGUGUGUAAGUGAAAUUGUAUUUUAGGAAGUAGUUAUAGUAAUACAUUUGUUUGGAUGUUUGAUUUUCAAUAAAGUAAAAAAAUAACUAUAUUUUCGAGGCUCCACAUGUUGUCAUGGAAAAUAUUGAUGUUAUUUCCAACAACCAAUUAGCAACUCCGCCAUAAAUGCAGCUGCAUAUUGAACGUUGAGAUUGCCGAAAGGCCAGUUUCUUGGGCAAUGACAUGGAGUGGCAUGUUAGUUAAAAACACUGGUAUGCAGACUAGACACAUUCAAUCCCCUCCUGGAUCAAGAUCCCUGUUGCCUAAAUAGUUUUGUGCACUUCCGGUAAUACCGUAAACCCCGGUAUGGUACAGAAACGGUAUGACGGUAUGAAAAUCUGGAUACCGCCCAACACUAACAUGCAUGUCUGUCAGUGUGUGUGGGUGUUGCUACACUGUUCUAACUGCGUUGGUGACUAAGGCACUGUAGGUGAGUGGAGAAGGGGCGUGUCCUCUACGUGUGGGAGUGUGUGUGUGUGUGUUUAAGAGGCAGAGGCAGGGGAGAGCAGGGAGUUAUUUCAGACUAAACGUGAGCAAUGUCAGACACACGUGUACACAGACCCUGGAGAGGCAGAGGGACAGGCAUGCUGCUUCAGACCCUGCUAUGGGGAAUCUUUCUGGGACUGUGCAGUGCAGGACACAGACCCAUUAACGGGGAAGAGAGGAACCGCUAUCCCAGACAGAAUGACAGAGAGGCACAGAGGAUACAUUACCCUUCCAUACAUGACCAGGGAGGACAGAGAGUACAUUACCCCUCUGUGAAUGACCAGGGUAACCAGAGAGUCCAGUAUCCUUCUGUGAAUGACCAAGGACAGACUGUUCAGUAUCCGUCUUUUGACGACCAAGAUGCCAGCUCUCAGAUCCAGGUAAAACGAUGGAUUUCAAGCCGAGGUCGGAAGUCUGUUGGGUUACAAAUAGACUUACUGUAAUGUAUGUUUGGCUGCUCUGUGUACGAGGUAGACUUGUAGGAUAUCAGUUGACUUCCAGACCGUUAUCCUAUAGAGCAAAGGGUGUGUUUGGCUUUUGAGUGGCAGCGGUGGGUUAAUGAUGAAUACACACUAGUCUUGUACUCAGCGUGGUGAGGUGACACACCCCACUCGGGAUUUGGGACAUUGUGAGAUCAAUCAUUCUCUGUCGCUAGGCAGGUUAGCUGACACAAACUCAGCCUGUAUCUCCUCAAACACUGCCACUUUGAAUGGUUAAAUGUUAUUCUGUGUGGGAAUUAAGUGUGUCGUUUUGAAAUGUGUGUUUAGGAUUGUGUUCUGUUUGUGAUAGAACUCGUAUUCAUCCAGGAGAGUCCCAUUGAGAUAGAAAUCACUUUCAAAAUUCUGUUUUUCUGUGUGAUAUUGUUGUAUCUAUGUAUUUGAUGUGUCUGUAUUAAUGUCUGUGUGUUUCUCUGUUCCAGAAAUGUGCUCGUGGUUACUAUAGAGACGGCAGUGGGCCCUACCUGGGUCGCUGUGUGCCCUGCUUCUGUAACAGCCUCGCCAACGAGUGUGACGACAGGACUGGGAGGUGCCUGGUAAGAUCUUUUAUUAUUUCUUAUUGUUGUCGCAUGAUCGCAAGGGAACCUGCAAGUAUAGCAUUUCGUUGGACGGUGUAUACCAUGCGUAUCCCGUACAUACGACAAAUCAACUUGAACGUACACAGUGGUUCUGAAUAACAAUCAUUCAAAACCUGUGACUCUAAAGAAGCCCUAAAUAAUUCAGUGAUAAGCACUUGUGCAACACCUACUAUGUCAGUGACUCCAUCAGGGUGAUCCACAGCCCAGAAGUCAUAGUCUAGACCUCACACCCAUGCCACAGGGCUAACCACACUCAAGUAUUGGAUGAUGUGGGUCUGCCUUAAUAGAUGUGAUCAUAUAUAAAUGUGUUAUGGGUCUACUUUAGCCCCUAGGGGAACCUUCCUCUUUCUCCCAGUGAAACUAGAUCUCUAAAAGCCCAUGCAGCACUCUAUUCUCCUCUCUCCUUUUCUCCCUCUCUCUCUUCCCCUCUCUCUCUCAUCUCCCUCCCUCUCUUUCUCUCUCGCUCUUUCUCGCGCUCUCUCCCUCCCUCCCUCUCUCUCUCUCUCUUGUCUCCUCUCAUCUUACGCAAGCCACUCAAGACCAGGCCUGUGCCUCUAUCUAGGCCUAUGGAGUCCAGGCUGAAAACUCACUCUCUCUGUACCAUCAACAUCACUCUUUGGGAUGAAUUAGGACAGAAAUGUUUGGCAUCCCUCUCUACCAUAAACCUUCACCCUCCAUAGGAGAUAAAAAAAGAAGUUACAUAAUGUAGCCUGUAGUUGGAUCUACUCUGGGGUGGGGCAUGGCAGUGUGACUAUGUCUACAAAAGGACAAAGUGUAUUUAGACUCACUAUGGUAUUUGUUAUGGACUUUUCAACAACUUAGUGAGGCUAUAGAUUUUCUUUGUGACUUGGCUAUUUAUAUACUCUUAUUUUGAUACUCACAUGCUCUAGUCUAACGCAUGCUUUCUACUCUUCCUCUGGACAGAACUGCCAAUACAACACAGCCGGGGACAGGUGUGAGCGCUGCAAAGAGGGUUACUAUGGAGACGCUGCCCAGAGAUCAUGCCGGGUGUGCCCGUGCCCCUUUAGUGUGCCAGCUAACAGGUCAGUGUCACCAAAGAACCAAUCAGUGGCAAGGUCAACCAUAGUAGAUGCUCCUUUGGUGAAAUCAAUCCCUUGUACUGUAUAUCACUUACCGUGGUUGGCCCAGUAUCUGAGUGUACCAAACAAACUCUUGUUUCUUCAUCAUUCCACUAUAGUUUUGCGGUGGGUUGCAGAGAGGUUGCUGGAGGGUUCCAGUGUGUUUGCCGACCAGGCUACACAGGAGACCGUUGUGAACGAUGUGCCUCUGGUUACUACGGUGAUCCAUUGACAGCCGGAGGAAGCUGUAGGCCUUGUGAUUGUAGCGGUAACGGAAACAGCUGUGACUCCAGGACUGGUGGUGAGUGUGGAUACCUUACUGAGAUAUGAUGGCACAUUCAAAAACUAGGCCCAUUGUGUGUAUUGGUAGAGCUUUACUGUCAGUUGAUCUUUUUCUUCUUCAAAAUAAAUAAAUGUAUAAUGUUGCUCCUUCUGCAGUGUGCAAGAAUACUUUGGAGCCAGGGGACACCAACACAGAUGAGCAGUGUCAAGGUUAGUGUCUCUGUUGUGACAGUGUGAUGGAUCCAAUGAGAGUACAGUACAGUACAUGGGGGUACCUACCUCAUCAUGAUCAGCUGUUGAUUACAUUUGUCUGUGUUGUCAGAGUGUGAUGAAUGUGCCCUGACCUUACUAAAUGAUCUGGGGCGUCUGGAUGAGGAGCUGGGCAGGAUUAAGACUCAGCUGGAUAACGCCAGUAUCUCCGCCUCCUCUCAGGACCGACUCAAAAUGCUGGAGAAAGCCAUCACAGAGACAAAGGUAUUAUAUUGGAUAUAUUAAUUGCAUAUAUGUACUGUUACUGCUGUGGUGUGUACCACCCUGCCCUCUGGCUACACAGGCCACAGAAAGGAUUGGAGAGGACUUCAAAGCAUAGCAAAUUACCUAAAUACAGAUACCGUGUGGACUGUGUCAAUGCUCACACACACACACCAAACACACACACACACACAGAGCGGUAAAGGGUGUGUGCUUAUUCGAACAUUCCAGAAUCCUGCUGAUAAGCGAUCUCAGUCAGUAUGUCCCAGAGCUGUAUGUCAACACAUGUCAGAGCUAAACUCCCACAUGUUUGGGAUCUCAGCAGCUCAUAUGCUCCAUACACUGUAAGCAUUUAUGAAACCAACAGGAGUAAACAAGUCACUCAAUCAAACUCUCAAACAGCCUGAGGAGUCAACAACCAACCAUAUCCCAUUGUACUGUAGCUCUCUCGCUCUCGCUCUCUCUAUCCAUCUCAUCUGAUCUGAUCUGAUAAUAAAGCAUUAAACAAUAGACUGUGUGUUCCUUCCGCAGACUCUGGUGAACAAGUUCAGUUCCAGUGUGAACAGUCAGAAGCCCAAGGUUAGCCAGCUGGAGCAGGACAGUCUCAGUGUCAACGAGGAUAUCAGCACUCUCAAAGAAAAGGUACUGGACUGGAACUUUUCCUUCUUGGUGGCUUUUUUCCCCCUGUCAUAUGUGGGAAUGUGUGUGUUCUAUUUUAUUUUAGGUGUGUUUAUGCUGGCUUUGCAGAGCUCAUGUUUGUGUCUAUGUCUGUGUUGUCCAUCAGGCAGAUGACAGGGCUGUGGAUGCCCAGAAAGUGCUGGAUGAUGUGGGUAAGACCCAUCGGAGAGCUAAAGACCUGGACACUGAGGCUAAGAACCUGCUCGAGAAGAUCCUGGGUAAACAACCAAGUCCUUGUUCGCUAACUCGCCUGUUCUCUAUCUCUUUGUCCCCCUCUGUCUAUCUAGCUAUCUCUCUAUCCAUAUUAUCAUCUUUCCUUUUAUUUAUUUCUCUGUUUUCGCUCUCUCACCCCUUCCCCCUCUUUUUCUGUCUCUCUGCCUCUCUCCCUCUGUUGCUUUCUCUUCCUCUCCCUCCCUUAUAUAUCUAUAUAUAUAUAAACCUGAAUGUGUGUGUUGUGUGUAGUCAUGCUGCAGCAGCUGAAAGAGUCUGGUUCCAGUGGUGAUGUGGUGCCCAGUGAAAAACUGGCUAAGAUGUUAUCCGAGGCUGAACGCAUGGUGAAAGAGAUGGAGAAGAGAAACUUCAACCCCCAGAAAGACGCAGCCGAGAAAGAAAAAGAUGAGGCCCAGAAACGUAAGACUUCUGCUGUAUAGCCAAAACUCUUCAAAUCCCUCAAAGCUUUUCUUUCAUAAGAUUAGAAGAUCAAACAGUAACUCUGAUGUUCUUGAACACGACCGGAUUAGGUUGAGUUAAGAUACAGAUAAGAAGCAUAAUGUCACAAUAACGAUGUCUACUUUGUUUGAUACCAUCCGCAACCAAAUCAAAUAGUGAGCCUUUUUUAUUUUCGGUCGAGAAUGACAAUUUCUAUUCUGUUCUGUUCUAUUCUAUUCUAUUCUAUUCUCCCAGUGCUGGACUACAUCAAGGCUAAUGUGACCAAGCAGUAUGAUCAGAAUGAGGCAGCAGCCAAGAGGGUGAAGGGUCUUCUGAAGGACUAUGAAGCUAAACUGAAGGACCUGGAGGAGGCUCUGAAACAGGCUGGGGACAUGGUGAAGAAAGCCAACUCUCAGAACGGACUCAACUCAGAGGCACUGAAAGACAUACUGGUAAUAAUAUAAUUCACAGUAUUUAGUAUUUUCCUUUAACAUGAUGGUACUAUGCAAUCAUGUAUAGGCAGUUACUGUGUGCGGUAACCAUGUUUAUUGUCUUGCUAUGGUUACUUCCUGGUUAGGGUAAUCGUUUUUUAUUUGUGACAUAUUAUGGCAAUAGGCCUAAUGGGCUCUUAACCAAAUUGAUGAUGUUUGUUCUUCAGAAACGUAUGGAGGACCUGAAGAAAGAGCGUAAGAAGGUCCAGGACCAGAUAGCCAUGGCAGAAGAUCAGCUGAAGAAUACAGAGGACCUCCUGAGAAUGCUGAAUGACAGCAAGACUGUAAGCACACAGACCAGCCAUGUAAACUGUAUAUUACCUCAAGUGCAUAGUCAAAUUCAAUAUACAUAUGUCAGUGAUGCAUCUUUCAUCACUGGUACACAUAUGAUCAUAACUAGUGUAAUGAUACAGCCAAUGUACACACCAUAUUUUGACAUUACUUGAAAUAUAACAGCAGUUGCUCUAGAUUCUCAAAUGUUAGUCGUUGAGUCCUAACUUGCCAGCCUCUCAGAUAACAAUCAAUGCUUGUGUUUGAUAUGACCUUAGGUAAAGAGGAUGGUAUGUCCUUGCCUGUAUUUCCUGUACCCACAGUGGUUCUUCUGUUCUCUUCAUUAGGGCAUAUGGUAACAAAACGUAGCAAAACAGUUUGCAACGGAAAGCAAACAUUACCAUUUGUUAUUGGACAAGUCCAGGUAGUCCCUCCUUGUUUCAGUCUGUUUUCUUCCAUUUGGUGCCUAAUGAAUAUGACCCUGUUGUCUUUCUCCUCUCCAGGAGUAUGAACAGCUAGCUGCCCAACUGGACGGGGCCAGGACUGACCUCACUAAGAAGGUCAACACCAUCUCCCAGGCCGCGGCCAAGGAGGACAUUGUGGUGCGAGCAGAGAAACACGCUGAGAACCUGGCCAAGCUGGCCAAGGAAUUACAGGAGUGAGUUAUAGGGACCUGGGAUGUGGGGACAUGUCCUCUUAGACCAGUGUUGGGAUGGGUCCUGGGUUAUGAGGACAAGGCAGUUUCUGCUUCUGGUUUCUGUAGUUUAAGCGCAAUGGUCUCAAUACUUUAUUGUCCAUGUUAGUUUCAGUGGGAAUUUCUUUGACUUACAUUUCAUAAGCUCAGUCACAGGAAAGACCAAUAUAAAAAGAAAACCGAUAAUUCCUCAGCAGCACGUAAUUAAAGAUAAAAAUAAAGUAUCAACUCAAAAGGUUCCCCAAGCAUAAACUACAUAGUAUUGAAGUAGUGUUAGUAGUGGUAGUUAUGGUUCUUUAACAGGUAAGUUUAUGUUGGGUGGUUUCCAUCCUCAGUGGGUCGUGCCAGAGAGAUCUGCCAUCCGCUAGAUCCCCCUCAGGCUGCAUGUUUGUUGUUCCAGUUGGUUUAUUGACAUUUCUGAAAAUCCAGAUGCUUGUGUUUACAUUGGUACUCUCUCUCUCUACCUCUCUUCUGUUCUCUCUUCUGUUCUCUCUUCUCCCUUCCUUCCUUUGUCUCUUUCUACCCCCCUCUCUCGCACUCUCUCUCUCUCUCUACCCCCCCCCCCCCCUCUCUUUCCUCCUUUCCCUUCUCUCUCUCGUCUUCCUAUGUCAUAGUGCUGUAAGGGACUCGAGUGGCCGCUCUGAUGUGCGUGAUGCCAUAGACGCCAUUGAGGCCUACAAGAACAUCACAGAUGCAGUCAAUGCUGCAGAGAAGGCAGCCAAGGAGGCCAAGGAUGCAGCUGACAAGGCCCUAAAGGUGAGUCCACAGUCUAGCCACUAGACCCAUACCAGGGCGAUAUUAACUCCACAGCACCGAACUCUAAGCUGAUGUGGCUUUGGUCCACCUUCUGUUUUAGCAAUAUUUUAUUUUCAAUCUAGGAUGUGAAGAAAGAGGACCUGACACAGAGAGCUAAGAAUCUGAGAGAAAGCGGGAAUGACCUACUGACAGAAGCCAAGGAUGCAGAAAAAGAUCUCAAAGGUAUGUUGCUAUAAGUUGUAAUAUAGUUUUUAGAGUGCGUAAGGAGCCAACCAAAAACAUAUGGCCUAAAUUGAAUGGCAUAGUUAAGGCUUAACUGAGCUCUGUUUUGACUCGACAGAGGCCUCUGAUGACCUCACAGCCCAGAAGAAGCGCCUGAAUGACGCAGAGAAUAAGAAGAAAGCAUUGGAGAAGGACCUGCUGGAUGACCUGGCAAAGCUGAACAACAUCCAGAGAGGUACAUUGACUCGGGUAGUAGGAGGACCAGAGGUUAUCUGAUAGAUCAGCUCAAAUUAUGGAACAUUUACUGAUCAAUGGAAGAGCAAAAUAUGAGUUAUGAGAGUGCUUUGAUUUAAGUGUCAUCAUCCCCUCAUCGCUAAUCCCUCCUUCCCCCUCUCCUCCUUCCCUCCUUCCCCCUCUCCUCCUUCCCUCAUUCCCUCUCGCCUCUCCUUCUCUCAGAUGAUAUAGGAUACAUGCUAGAUGAGGCGAAAAGGAAGGCAGCGUCCGCCAAUGACACGGCCAGCACCACCAUGGACAGACUGAACGCCAUCAGAGAGGAAGUGGAUAAGAUCAACGUCAUGCCCUCUGACUCCAACCUCGGCAGCAUCAUGGACGAUGUGGACAAAUCAGGUGAAGGAUCACUCCACUAACCUAUGUCUGCAUAGGCUGGAGGGAAUAUUAUACACCCAUAGACAGGGCUUCCUUGUAAAAAGAGAUUUCUCUCAAUGGACCUCACUGGGUAAAUAAAGGUGGAAUAAAUAAAUAUGACUUAUCUUAUUAAAUGUUGUCUCUCUCUCUCUCUCUCUCUCUCUCUCUCUCUCUCUCUCUCUCUCUCUCUCUCUCUCUCUCUCUCUCUCGUCUCUCCCCCCAUCCACAGUGAAGAAUCUGUUGAAAACCAUCCCGUCUCUGCAGGAUAAGAUCUUGGAGGUGGAGGAUCUCAGCUCUCAGCUCUCCCCUGUCACCAAUGUCUCUGAUAACAUCAAGAGGAUCAAGGAGCUCAUUGAGCAGGCUAGAGACGCAGCCAAUAGGGUAUGAAUUUACCACCACACACACACACACACACACACACACACACACACACACACACACCCUGGGUCCUCACCCCACCAGAUAUGCCCACUGUGUAAAACCUGUUACCCCUUCUGCUGGCCAUACAGUCUCUCCAGCAGUGAGUGCUGUUGAGAAGUAAGACGUUAAUAUAUGGAGUCAGAUUCAUUUCAGUUUGAAGGAUUGCAGGUUUAGAUCUUGACAGAGCCCUUUGGGGAAUUUGAUGGACAGUUGUUAUUCCCAUAAAGGAGAACACUGAUUUCUCUUUACACUGCUGGUCCCUUAGUAACCCUGUACAACCUCUCUCCUUGUCUCCUUCUCCUGUCUCUCCAGAUUGUGGUCCCUAUGAAGUUCAGUGGGGAGGGCCACGUGGAGCUGCGUCCCCCUAGUGAUAUGGAAGACCUGAAGGCAUACACGGCCCUGUCCCUGUCCCUGCAGAGACCAGAGAUCCCCAACAACAGAGGGGACGGAACACGCAGACGCAGACAGGCCACCACGACCACAGACACGGGAGACAUGUUCGUACUCUACCUCGGCAACCAAGACGUGAGUGGACUGGACCAUGUAGUACCUAUUCUCCUAAUGAAAUAAAAAUGGAUGAUAUAGAUUUGACAGUUUGCUUUUGGUUCAGAAAAGCUCUCUUUGGCACUUCAGUCGGCAUUCUCCUAAUACAUGUGUAUAUUUCGCAAUUGAAAUAAUGGCACAUAUAGAUUUUGACAGUUUGCUUGUGGUUGGAAAUGCUCCCACUGUCUGUCCUCACCUCUCUCUCCCACAGUCGUCUAAAAACUACAUCGGCAUGGCCCUGAGGAAGAAUGUGCUGUUCUGUGUGUACAAUCUGGAUGGAGAAGAGUAUGAGAUCAAGACAGACUACAUCACUAGGUCUCCCUCUGAGCCUUCCUUCUUUGACAAGGUGGACCUGCGCAGGUAAAACUAUACCUUUGACCAUCAAAAGUCUUGGGAAAUUAGAUUUGAGUGAGUAACCCUGAUCUAACAUUGACCUCUUACAAUCUCUCAGAAUUUACCAAGACGCAGAGGUGAACCUCACAAAGCUGUUCACAUCCAACCAGCCGGACCCACCUCAGACCAGCAGGAAGCAGGGAGAGGUGACCAGGAACCUUCUAAACCUGGACCCUAGUGACAUGGUCUUCUAUGUCGGGGGCUACCCCUCCAACUUCACUGUAAGCACCUGACUUCAUAACAAAAUAAUUGUAUGACAUUGACUGAAAAUGACCUUUUUCAGUGACUACUGGAGGUGGCAUUACGAUUCCUGAUUGAAGCAUUUUAAACCAUUUAUUACAUCUGAAAAUGUUGUUUCUAUAGCCUCCAGCCUCCCUCAACUACCCCAACUAUAAGGGAUGCAUCGAGCUGUCCACCUUCAAUGACAGAUUCAUCAGUCUGUACAACUUUAAGAAUGCUGUCAAGAUCAACCUGGAGACACCAUGCAAGAGGUAAGCAUCACACAAAGAGAUUGGUAGAGCUACUCAAAGCCUAAUGAGGUAUUGAUUGGAGAUAAUGCUCCUGGAUCAGAGGACAACAAAGAAUAACGGUCCCAUAAUCAAUAUUCCUCAGAGUCCUUAUACAGUUAAUCUCACCAGUCUAUCACUUGACUGCUGAACAUGUUAAGUGGCCUGCUAAACUGGACACUUAACUCUAGCAUAGCGCAAGUCGUUCCUAUUGAGUUGAGUGAAACCUGGGUGUUAGCAGCGUGGCUCUGUGAGCAGCAAAAGUACUCUCCAGUUCUAUUUUUGUGUUUUCUGUUUUCCCGACCACCCAGUGUAGCUCCCCAAUUAGUCUUGAUCAAAUCUUGAGUUUUACAGUCAACAACCUUAACCCUAUUCUGAUUGAAUCCCUCUGUGCCCAGGUAUAUCCAACCAGUGGUGUUUGACUACUUUGAGGGGACUGGUUAUGCCAAGGUGUCCACCGUAGGUGCUACAACGUCCACCCUACUCCUGGGCCAGACCAUCUCCACUCGCUCAGAGAAUGGGCUUCUCAGCUACAUUGGAAAUGAGGUAGGCUACUUACUCUGCUCACAUUGAAACAUUUGGUGUGGUAAAGUUGACAAUGUACCAUCGUUGACACUUGAGUAGCUGUUAGGUUUCUCUACUCUUGUCAGUUUGUCCACUGACUGUGUUUUUUGACAUUACUUGUUUUCUUCUUUUCGUAGGACAUCUACUACAGUGUGACGUUUGAGAGAGGCUACGUUGUCAUCCAUAGUAACCUGCUCAGUGAACCAGUACAAAGCGCUACGAAAGUCUUCCCAGUGGUAAGGCAGUUGGCGCUAGAUAGAUGAUAUUUGGUUAUUUGUAGAAUUUACAUUGUUUUGCUAAAAUAGUUCUCCCUGAUUUUCCUUCUCUUUAGAAUGCAGAUUCAGCAGAAGUGUUGAUCAUCAUCGAGUCCAAAGGACUCCAAGAGAUGAAGAUCCGUGUAGCAGGCGUUGAGGUGGUCAAGGCUAAAGUCCAGUACACCCCUGGAGACUUCACAGACUACUACAUCGGUGGCCUACCACAAGCCCUGAGAGAAAGGUGGGUGCUUUUCACCCACUUACUAGGAACAUUAUUAUUUGUAUGUUUGGCUAAUGUUUGGCAUUACGAUUUUGAUGAUCAAACUUAGCCUUAUUGCUAGUACACUGUUUCUCUAACCCUACACCAGACCAGAGGAGUCUAAAUGACAUUGUGUUUGUGUGUUCUCGCUCACAGACACAACAUCACCACCCAGCCACUGAAGGCCUGCAUGAACAACAUCAAGUUCAGCAGCAAGAACCCCACUUUCCAGGAAAAAGUGGGCAUCAGCCGGGGCUGUCCCACGGACUUCCUGGUAAGUCUUCACCUUUUACUAAACCUUUUUCAAACAUGGUCAAUACUGUAAGUGUUGUCCACAUCAAAUCAAUACCAUGGCGUUAUAUUUGUAUUCAUACCACUAUGAUCUUCACUCACUGGAGACCUAGUUAUACUGUCAGAAAGCCAUUUAUGUGUGUCACUACUGUGUAUUUUGAUGCCACCAAGAUGCUGUAACUGACUCCAGUCCACUGUUAAUAACCGCAUGAUAAUGUCUCUGUGUUCCAGGCAUCUCGUAAAGCAGAGUUUAACGUGGGCAGUUCUCUGUCAGCUGCUCUUAAAGGCUUCAGCCUGGCAAAUGAUGUCACAGUCUCACUGGGAUUCAAGAGCUCUGAGAAAGAUGGGCUCCUACUGCAGAACACUGAGUCGGUUAGUAGACUACACCACCUGUUUUUCUCCCUCUCUCACUCCAUAUUUCUUCCUUCAACUGUUGUUUUGACAUUUUAGUUUUAGGAUACAGCAAAUGUGAGUGAGCUGACUGUUUGAAAUUAUAUUUAUCCUUACCUGGUUCUCCGACAGAGCAUUGGCGCCAUCGAACUUGCCUUGGUCAACGGCUAUGUGGUUCUGACGUUCAAAGACAAAGUUUUGAGAUCUUUUAAAUCUAGCAAGCAGUACCAGGACGGCAAAUGGCAUUACCUGACUGCCACCAGAAGAGAGGCUUCUCAAAGGUAGAACAUCAACCAUUCAACAUAGAUUGGUAGAAGGCUAUUAAACCCACAAUUUACCAUGAUGGAUUGGUGAUGAUUGAGACUUAGUCAUUAUUGUUGUGGCAGUACAGUGCACACUGGUUAUACAGAUUGGUAACCACAGACACAUAUACUGUAAAAAAGAAAAAGAAAAAAGUACCAUAGAUGUGAAUGUAUGUGCUGUGUUGCCCUACAGUAUCGAGCUGUGGAUAGAUGAGGAGGAUGUGGGAGGGCAGAUAAUUUCAGACUCCUUCGUGUCAAAGCCAGACUCUCUGUUCCUGGGGAAAGACACCUUCAAAGGCUGCCUCUCCAACCUCUACUUGAGAAGGUAAACUCACAUCACUGUUUAUUAUUAUAAUGUAUAACAUUAGUCACAACACAGUAGUAAUAGUUGUUAGAUACAGUACAUAUGUAGUUAUCAUAAUGGUUGUUGCUGUAGUUUUAUUUAUUCAACCUUUAUUUAAGUAGGGAGUCAUACUGAGAGCCUUUUGCAUAUGAGCCUUGCAGAAUACCAAAAAUACACACAUCGAAUAUGAAAUGCAACCAAUACAUAAUAGCAUAGCAUAGCAUAGCAUAACUGGUAGAAGUUUAUUUUUGUAGGAAAGGUUUCAUGUUAACAUCUGUGUUGCAUUCAUUGCUCACAUUUGAUAGUGCACUGGUGUCCUGAUAUUGAUAUUAGAUGUAGUGUUACUAUCCUGGUUGUACCCCCUCCUGAACGUUGCUCUGUGUGUGUUGUGUUGCAGGCCUAACGUUCUGUACAGAGCAGAGGACCUGAGUCAGUUCAGCUCUACAGGAGAUGUGCUGCUGGAUAUGUGUAGCGCUGACAGACCUCCACAACUGAUGCUCGACCGCAACACCUCCAGGAAGGUGAGAAAGAACAUUGAACUCAGCUAGCCCAAUUAACAAUGAUGAACAUACAAUAAUGACUUACCUAACUGACGACUACCCUUAUAACCAAAUAACUAGUGACACUAACAGGAAAGCAUGAUGUUUUUUGUUUGCCAUACCAAUCACAAUUAUAUUCAUUUGUCCUUGUCCUAAUGAUGGAACAAGACUUCAAUCCAAGUUUGCAAAAACACUAUGCUAUGAUUACCUAGGAACAAGCCACUCAUCACUUCCCAUGCAUGUUGUUGAUAAGUUGUUCUGACUGUGUUGUGCUGCUUUGUUUCCAGAGAUGAAGAGAAUGAAGAGCUGCCGACUAAUGAGGACAAAUUGAUAUUGACAUGAGCGAUAUUAGCAUCUCACACAUUGUUUGCACAAGCCCAUUGCUAUUGUACGUGACUGAUAAACACAUUACUGCAUGGACAUCCACAUCAUCAUGACUACUAUUAUUAAAUACAAACGAUUAACUAUUAAAAAUGUUUAUUUUAUAAGCAUUGUUUCACUUUUGAUUUGUACACUGUUCUAUCUUAAGCAUGUUUCACGACAAUAAACCACUUUUCUGACCAGUGAUUCACAAGCAUCUAUUAACCCACUCAUUAACUAUCAUCAUCAGUCCAUCAAUCCAUCUGGUUACAGCCAGCCUGAUGUUAAGUCAUUUCCUUGCCCUCACUCCCUCUCUGCUUUCCCUAUUCACAAUGACUAGGACCAAUGAACUAAUGAAUGAUCAAUAGUCUAUACUGAAAUACCAGAACGAUCAUAAUAUGAUAAUAUUAUUAUACUAUGGAAUGACUGAGGGCGUAGAAUUGGAACGUUGCACUAGGUAUUAAUAAUAAUAAUAGUUACGGCCUGUGAAUACCUGAAGUGUAUACUGGAACAUUACACAGGGAAUCUCUGAGUAUUGGAUAAAGCAGUGCAUCAUUGUUAUGCAUAAGCAGUGUUGGAGUUUGUGUGCAUCAUCGUCAUGCAUCUCUUACUGUAUGCUCUCUCAAGCAUUUGUACCUGAGGACAACCUUGGCCUGCAUCCAUCCAAAUCAUUUGAUCUACUGUGACCUCCUAAGCCUCCUACAAUAAAUUAACCACGAAAUGCACUCGGAUUAACCAACCAUCUCUUCCAAAUGAAAACUCGGAAUGACUAACAUAUUAGCACAACUGUAUGUUAGGAUUACAUUGACCACUUGAACAAUAUAGGCUCCAUUCAUUGCAGAUGUUGGUGGGAUAUUGGAAUGGUGCAAAUUAUGAGUCUCUUGAUUGCAUGUUUAUAAGCUACAGUGCUGUCAGAAAGUAUUCACACCCCUUGACUUUUUCCACAUUUUGUUGUGUUACAAAGUGGGAUUUCAUGAAUUUAAUUGUAAUUUUUUGUCAACGAUCUAUACAAAAUACUCUCUAAUGCCAAAGUGGAAGAACAUUUUUUACAUUUUAUUUUCAAAUGUAUGGAAAAUAAAACACUAUCUUGAUUAGAUAAGUAUUCCAUCCCCUGAGUGGAUACAUGUUAGAAUUACCUUUGGCAGCGAUUACAGUCUUUCUGGGUAAGUCUUUAAGAGCUUUGUACACUUGGAUUGUACAAUAUUUGCCCAUUAUUCUUUAAAAUAUUCUUCAAGUCCUGUCAAGUUGGUUGUUGAUAAUUGCUAGACAGCCAUGUUUAAGUCUUGCCAUAGAUUUCCAAGCUGAUUUAAGUCAAAACUGUAACUGAUCUACACUGCCAAAUAUACACUAGAGUUUCUUACCAAGAUGACAUUUAAUGUUCCUGAGUUGCCUAGUUACAAAACACAAGGCCAAAUAUUAUUUGGCCUUGUGUUUUAGGUAAUUUACCUGCUGAAAGUUGAAUUUGUCUCCAAGUGUCUGUUGGAAACCAGACUGAAUCAAGUUUUACUCCAGGAUUUUGCCUGUGCUUAGCUCGAUUCCGUUUCUUUUUAUAUAAAACUAACGUCCCUGGUCCUUGCCGACGACAAGCAUACCCUUAACAUGAUGCAGCUACCACCAUGCUUGAAAAUAUGAAGAGUGGUACUCUGAAGUGUUGUGUUGGAUAUAACGCUUUUGUAUUCAGGACAAAAAGUUAAUUUGUUUGCCACAUUAUUUGCAGUAUUACUUUAGUGUUUUAUUGCAAACAGGAUGCAUGUUUUGGAAUAUUUGUAUUCUGUACAGGCUUCCUUCUUUUCACUCUGUCAUUUAUGUUAGUAUUGCGGAGUAAGUACAAUGUUGUUGAUCCAUCCUCAGUUAUCUUCUAUCACAGCCAUUAAACUCUGUAACUGUUUUAAAAUCACCAUUGGCCUCAUGGUGAAAAUCCUGAGCUGUUUUCUUCCUCUCCGGCAACUGAGUUAGGAAGGACACUUGUAUCUUUGUAGUGACUGGGUGUAUUGAUACACCAUCCAAAGUGUAAUUAAUAACUUCACCAUGCUCAAAGGGAUAUUCAAUGUCUGCUUUUUUUUACCCAUCUACCAAUAGGUGCCCUUUGCGAACCAUUGGAAAAUCUCCCUGGUCUUUGUGGUUGAGUCUGUUUGAAAUUCACUGCUCGACUGAGAGACCUUACAGAUAAUUUUAUGUAUGGGGUACAGAGAUGGGGUAGUCAUUUAAAAAUCAUGUUAAACACAAUUAUUGCACACGGUGAGUCCAUGCAACUUAUUAUGUGACUUGUUAAGCAUAUUUUUACUGAACUUAUUUAGGCUUGCCAUAACAAAAGUGUUGAAUACUUUGACACAUUUGUGAACUUUUCUAAAAACAUAAUUCCACUUUGACAUUACGGGGUAUUGUGUGUAGAUCAGUGACACAAUGUGGAAAAAGUCAAGGGGUGUGAAUACUUUCUGAAGGCACUGUAUUUGUUUAUAUGCAUUUGUAUUCAUGCAAAUACACUAAAGGUAAACAGAUAUUUUAACAAGUAUACUGAGAACACACACUUGCACACGGAGAGGCACUUACAGCCGGCUUGUCCUCAGAAAGUAUGUCAAAUCAACAGCCACCCAUACUGGUCCUUCCUUCCCUACCUUGAUUGAGAUACCCCCUAUCACACAUACUGUACCUAAACUGAAACAAACAAUAACAUUAAAGACAUAUCAUGCCUCAUUUGACAGAACUGGUAGUAGCAUGUCAUAUUUGUGGAGGAAAUAUGACUUGUUAUACAUCUUUCACAUGCUAGAGUAUUAUGAAAUAGGCAUUUGAACAUGGAAACAUACAGGUAACUUCCAAAAUAAAGGAAAUGCUUCAGUUAAGGAGGGAUACAAAGUAUAUUGAAAGCAGGUGCUUCCACACAGCUGUGGGUUCUGAGUUAAGCAAUUAACAUCCAAUCAUGAUUAGGGCAGUGGUAGUUCAAGUAUGGGUUGCCAAAUUGUUUUUAUUGUUUUGUUUUUUUAACAAAAAAAUAAUAGUACAGAAAUAUACCGAUUUAUAAGGUUGCAUCAUCAUUAGAUUUGGGGGUGGGGUCGCGAGAAAUUCUUGUGGAAAAAAUUGGGUCCCCAGUCAUUCUAAUGAAAAAAAAUGGGGUCCCCGCUAAAAAAGUUUGAAUGCCACUGGCUUAGGGUCAUGUAUAAAAAUGUCCAGUUGCCCAUUAUUUUGGAUACCAUGCCUAAAAGAAGAGAUCUCUGUGUCUUUGAAAGAGGUCUAUAAGAAGCAUAGGGGGUUUAAAAGAUGUGUGUGUCUCAGUCACCAGAUCUCAACCCAAUUGAACACUUAUGGGAGAUUCUGGAGCGACGCCUGAGACAGCGUUUUCCACCACCAUCAACAAAACACUUUUUGAAUAAUGGUGUUGCAUCCCUCCAGUAGAGUUCCAGACACUUGUAUAAUCUAUGCCAAGGCGCAUUGAAGCUGUUCUGGCGGCUCGCGGUGGCCUGUUGACCCCAAAAUGGGAGAAAUCUUUAUCAGUUUGUAACUCCCAGAGGCUUACAGUAGAUCACCAAAAGGACUAAGGAAUGAGAAUGGGCUCAUACAUGUUUACUAUGGAACACUGAGACAAGACCUUGUUCCGUUUGCAGCGUGAUUGACUUUGAGCUUUAAUCAUCAAACACAGUGUCAUAGUUACCAUAGCUCUUUAUCCUCCAAACUUUGUCUUUGCAUUUCAGAACCACUUCCCCAGUGCCCUGUUGGAGAUCGGAAAACUAUUUCCAUAAAUCCCAUAUAUUCAGGCAAUUUUCUCUAAUAUUGAGUUCCUGUGUCUCUGUGCCUGUGUGUGUUGUAUAGGGUGGUGGUAUGGAGGUGUCAGAGGACAGUCUCUCUGUGUGUGCACACCAUGUUCUAGUCAAACAUGCCUACCACAUUGGGGGUACUGUGAGUAGCCUGAGCUACAGCCUCACUCCCCAGGUGCUCCAGCCCAGGUGAGUAGACACACACACUUUCUUUCUUUCUUUCUCUCUCCCUGGCCUGACUCCUGUGUCUCUCCACUAGACCUCAUUUCUCCCUGGACGUUAGGACCAAGUCUGCUGAGGGCCUGCUGUUCUAUGCAGCCACCAGAGGGGGGAGCUCCCACAUGGCUCUCUACCUGUCCAAGGGCAGGAUCAGACUGUCAGUAGGCAAAGGGAGGGAGAUUUUCAACAGGGAGAAGUACAACGAUGGAAGAUGGCACUCGGUCAGUGGGUUACAAUCUAAGAAAAAUCUAUACUCUGUGAUGUUGUUUCACAUCAUAUUAUUCACAAACUAUGGCAGUAGUUGAUCAAUGUUGGGGAGUUUGAUGUUUCAUGAGAGAAAAUGUUUAUUUGGAAACUUACCAAAUCACUCUGCGUCAUUACAUUCAGUGAUGCAGGAUUGCACCAAGUCUGGGUGUCCCAGGGUCAACAUUUUCACCAUGCCCCUCUAAAAACAAUGUCCUCUUUGGUGACCAUCUUCCUCUGCAGGUAAUAUUCAGCCUAGAGAAGAAGAGGUUCCGGUUGGUAGUGAACGGGAUUAGGGCUCAGGAUGGACAGCUGACCAGUGAUGAGGCCACGCCCAUGGAACUGAUCUCUCCUCUUUACCUGGGAAGUGCUCCUGAUUCCUUGAACACAGAACUUAAAGUAAGCAAUACACACACACACACACACACACAAACACACAUACAGUACAGCAUACACUCACACCCCAAAAUUGUAUUGUGUUUUCUCUUUACUUUCAGUGGAAGCUCCUCCCAAAGCAAAGUGUUUUUGGCUGUGUGCGUAACUUCAAGAUGAAUGGCACUCCCAUGCCAGAGCCAACCACCAAUCAUGGUGCUGGUCCCUGUUUUGACGGACAGACACAGAGUGGGGCCUACUUCUCAGGGAGAGGGGCAUAUGUCAUUAUUAGUGAGUAGAAAGCUAAAUAUUGAGAUUGGUAAUAUGGUGCAUGAUGAAGAUGAUGACUAAGAUGAUGAUGAUGAUGAUGUCUGCUCCAGAUGAUUCCUUUGUGGUGGGCUCCAGCUUUGAGGUGGUGUUUGACAUCCGUCCUAGGAGUCUGACUGGUGUUCUGCUCCAUGUGGGGGACUCCAGCAGGCCUCACAGUGGGCCCAGCACUGGACACCACCUCAGCCUCUACAUGCACAGAGGAGUGGUGAGCCUGCUAUGCAAUGGGCUGUUAAGACUGGGCCUGACAGCCUUAAUAGUGUUUCUCUAGCGCAUGGUUCCUUGGACUAUUUUGACCUUUCAAGUGCUAGAUUUGACCUUUAAAACAUGAUUCCAGUUCAGGCUGAUUUUAGGCAGAGUUUCCUUGCAGACACGUCUGUUGUGCAGUGUUGUGAUGUACAUGUGUUUUUCCAGGUGGUGGCACGGGUGAACAACGGAGCUGGUGAAUUCAGCGUUUCCGUUCGCCCCAAGCAGCCCUUGUGUGACGGAAUGUUCCACAGAGUUGCAGGUACACUUUUGUUAUAACAUGUUAUAACUUGCCUCUGUCCUACACAUGUUAUAACUUGCCUCUACCCAACUAGCUAGCUACAAACUCACAGUAAGAAGUGUCUUUAAUACGUAAUAGGUGACGCCCAUUGGGAAUGUGUGUGUGUUUCUCGCCUCAGUGAUCAAGAGGAACAACGUUGUGGAGAUGCAUGUGGACACUGAGGGUGAACACAAAAUAGGACCGUCUUCCUCCUCCUCAACUCUGACCAAAGACCCACUUUAUGUGGGCGGCAUUCCAGGUUGGUACUCUGGAGGAGAGGUCACUGAAUUUACAGCUAAUUUAAAACUCUAUCAGACCUGGAGUCCAUUGUAAUGGAGUCCCCCUUGUAUUUUACACAAAUAAUAACCUAUAGAUCCUAUUGGACAGUGAAUGAUGGAUGAAUCAAAGACAUAGUCACAUUGAAUUUAGACUCCAUCAUUAUUAUGCCUCUUGAAUACAGUACUGUAUCUGUCUCUUCCUUGGGCAGAAACGUCCAUGCACCCAACCCUCCCAGUCACAGGGUCCUUUGAGGGCUGCAUCCAGAACAUGAAGAUCAAUGAGGACCCGAUCUCCUUUGAGAGGCUCUCUGGGGUAUUCGGUCCACUCAACCUCAGAGAGUGUCCUGCUGGC